UUAUUUUCUUUUGCAAUACUUCAUUAUAUUUUAUUUUUUGUAUAUAUACAGCUUUAUUUUGACCCCAUAUCAUUACCUCUUAUAGAGAGUUUCUGUAUAAGACUGCCAUCUAGUGGUCCUGUUUUAUGACUUUUGCACACGUUUCGGAACCAGGAAAUGUUUCAGUACAGCGAAAUCGAAACUAAACUGCUGUCGAACUGUUGUGAAUGUCUCUCCAGCUGUGAGUGCGUGCAGUAAAAUGGCAGAAUCCAGUGUUUCUUUGGCUCAGAAUGAGUUCACCUGUUCAAUCUGUCUAGAUCUACUGAAGGAUCCAGUGACAAUACCCUGUGGACACAGUUACUGUAUGAGCUGUAUUACAGACUGCUGGGAUCAGGAUUAUCAAAAUGGAGUCUACAGCUGCCCUCAGUGCAGACAGACCUUCACUCCAAGACCUGUUUUAGGUAAAAACACCAUGCUGGCUGAAGUAGUGGAGAAACUCAAGAAGACAAAACGCCAAGCUGCUCGUCCUGCUCAAUGUUACUCUGGAUCUGGAGAUGUGGAGUGUGACGUCUGUACUGGGAGAAGAUAUAAAGCCAUCAAGUCCUGUCUGGUGUGUCUGGAAUCUUACUGUCGAAAUCAUUUAAAACGUCAUGAAGAAUUUCACUCUGGAAAGCGACACAAAUUGACUGAUGCCACUGGACAACUGCAGGAGAUGAUCUGUCCUCUACAUGAUAAACUGCUGGAGAUUUUCUGUCGUACUGAUCAGCAGUGUAUAUGUUAUAUGUGUAUGAUAGAUGUACACAAAGACCACGACACUGUAUCAGCUACAGCAGAGAGAACUGAGAAACAGAGACAACUGGAGGAGACACAGAGAAAAUAUCAGGAGAGAAUCCAGGAAAAACAGAAGGAUAUUGAGGAGCUGAAAGAGGCUGUAGAGUCUCACAAGCGCUCUGCACAGACAGCAGUGGAGGACAGUGAGAGGAUCUUUACUGAACUGAUCCGCUCCAUUGAGAGAAGCCGCUCUGAGGUGACACAGCUGAUCAGAGAUCAGGAAAAGGCUGAAGUGAGCCGAGCUGAAGGACAACUGGAGCAACUGGAGAAGGAGAUUGAAGAUCUGAGGAGGAGAGAUGCAGAGCUGGAGCAGCUUUCACACACAGACAAUCACAUCCAUUUCUUCCAGAGUUUCCAGUCUCUCUCUGUUCCUCCUGCAUCUACAAACUCACCCAGCAUCAGUUCUCGUCUCUCUUUUAAUGAUGUUGAAAAAUAUGUGUCUCAUCUGAGAGAGAAACUGGAGCAUUUAUUCAGAGAGGAGAUAGAAAUGUUAUCUGGUAGAGUGAGAAACAUCAACAUCAUUCCCACCUCUGAACCCGAGACUCGUGAGGAAUUCCUCAAAUAUUCCCAUCAGCUCACUUUGGAUCCAAAUACAGUGAAUAAAAACCUGGUACUGUCUGAAGAGAACAGAGUGAUUGAAUACACUCGUGAAGAACAGCUGUAUCCAGAUCAUCCAGACAGAUUUGAUGGUUUUCCUCAGGUGUUGUGUAGAGAGAGUGUGUGUGGACGCUGUUACUGGGAGGUUGAGUGGAGUGGUUGGGUGGGUAUAUCAGUGUCAUAUAAGAGAGUCAGCAGGAAAGGAUGGGGAAAGGAGUGUGAGUUUGGUUGUAAUGGUCAGUCCUGGAGUUUGUACUGCUCUGACUCCAGCUGGUCGAUCUGGCAUAAUAACCGUAGGACUGCACUCCCUGUAGUGUCCAGCUCCUCUAGAAUAGGAGUGUAUGUGGAUCACACUGCAGGAACUCUGUCCUUCUACAGCGUCUCUGACACAAUGACCCUCAUUCACAGAGUCCAGACCACAUUCACUCAGCCUCUCUAUGCUGGGUUUUGGGCUAACAAAUAUUUGAAAGGACUAAUGUUUUUCUUUUCAAAAGCAACACUCUGUGAUUUAACAAUAUAGAUGGUACAAACUUUCAAUACAAUAUUAAUUGAUUUAUUAACUGAUUUUAUUGAUCACUUGCAAUGAUGCUUAUUAUUUGUUAUGUAUGAAAUUGUGUAUUUAAAUGCAUUUAAAUUAACUGUGUUAAAUAACAUCACAUCAAAUCCAUUGGUGGCUGUCAUAAUCAUAUUCUCUUGGUUACAGCAAUUUCUAGAGAUCCCUUGCAUAAACAAACAACCUCUAAUUAUCAUUAUUAAAACAGAGGGAGUGCACACCAUUUAUACUUAAUUAAAUAAAAAUUUAAAUUAAAGAUGAUUUGUAACGCUAAUUUUAAUAAGUGAGAAUGAGAAGCUGCAAGGUCCAUCUCAAUCAUGAAACACUAGUCCACAUACAGUACAAACCCUGAGCACUACAGAACCUUAAAACACUGAACUUUUUUUAACUGUUGUAUGUAAUGUAGUUUUUUCAAAAGAAAUGUUCGUGAACAAAAUAUACAAUUAAUGUAUGUCAAUUAUUUGCAUGUAAAUAAUUAUUUGCAUAUAUUGAUGGUUUUAUGUUUAUUUUGAGUUUAAAAUAAGUACUCAUGAAGUGGGAUUUGUUGUUGUUGUUUUUUUUUACUACUCACCUGUACCUUUAUCAUGUUAAUAUUGUAAAAGUUCAAUAAAAAGAUU